CUGUCUCCGGCGAGAAUUCGCGACACGGCCGUCAAAUUCACUCGGAAAAGGCACUGAGGUCACAUUUCGCUUGUCAAAUUGACCACAGCUGACUUCACACCCAUCACGCCACCCCGACAAGUCAGCUGAAAGCCUACAAGGAUUGCCCUUUACACUGUCUGCACGUCUGAUUUCGUUGUUGUGUGGUGAGAGGGCGUCACAAUAAACGCACAACUGAGAAGUACAAAUGUACAAUACUCCCGAGUAUUGAGCGGGAUGCCCGCCGACAGGUCAUUGAGUGGGAUGUCCGUGUCGUGCAAAAAAGUCACACUUGUGCACCGGAGGAAAACUCACGCAUUGCAGCAUCAAUGCCGGUUGACACUGUCGCUCUGACAGGAGCUCGCCUGCCAGUCUGGCGAUGAGGUCCUGCCCCGACAACUCAACCGCAGUGCACCCCAAGUGCAGUGGCAUCGAACUCACCCAGAACUCGACGAUGGCCAUGGACAUGUUCAAAUCCGAGUGUAAGCACUCAAAUCCGAAGGUGUCGAUGGCUGUUGUCGAUCAGCGGGUCGUCAAUGCAUAUUUGGGGUGCCAACAGCAGCCACUUCAUCAACAUGUCCGCUCACGCACAAGGAGAAAGAAGAGAAGAGAGCACUGACUGUAUCUGAUCUUGACGUAUCCUUUCACUCAAUCAGUAAGUGAAGGGCUGGCUGAUUCAUCGCAUGCGUGAAUCCAUGGAUGGCAAAACUGUCUCCCUCUCUCCCUCCCUCCCUCUCCUUCAACAAGGCAAAAUCCCUCCCUCAUGGAGGCGUGCAGACAAGACACAUGGACACCUGUACGUCGGCCCUUUACCCAUCCACCCUCAGCCAGAAGGGGGCCGCUUUCGAAAACAGGCCGACAGCACACACAGAUAUAAUGGCAGAGACAUAGCAGGUUUCAAAAAGGUCUCAGCCAGCCGGCACCCAGGCACUGUACCAUGCAUCAAUUAAUGGGGAUGUGUGUGUGUGUACCAGCCGCCGUCAGCCGGUCAGGAAGUCUUCACAACAGCCAGCAACAACAAAAGCAGCCAUGAUAUAUAUGGAUGCAUCACAAAUAGCACUUGACACGGGUGGACCAUCUUCACUUCACAGGUACUUGCAUACGGACAUGAGCGAUACAUAAUUUACGACAACACACAUGCGCCGCAGACCAGCGCAGCGCACCCACCUUUACAAAGAGCGACAGACAGGGACACUCACACGUAAGCAGCGCGGUACACGUCCAGAGGGAAACACAGCGACACCGAAAGCAGUGGAACCAGCCGACACUAAACACAAGGGCGGAAAGCUCUCAUUCCCCGCGCCCCACCGGUCAAUCAGACCGUUAAUUUCUUCCCUCCCGAUGCCUCUUGAAUUUGGUCGUCAGCACACUCCCGCUCUCCGUGACCAAAUAGACCCUCGCCGGAUCGGCCCCAUCGACGCACAUCCCACACAGCGGAGCGUCCAGUGGUGAGCAGAGCCAUUCGACGCUGCCCGGCCCGGCCGCCUUGCCGUCACGCGCCAUCUGGUACAGCCCCUGACCCACCGACGAGCUCGCUGACGGCACUGUCGAUGAGGGACUGACGGUAGUGGUUGGCGCAGACGGGCUCUUCAACGUCUGCUCUCGCUGGCCAUCAGCAAAUGAGGCAACGGGCCGGGCGGUGAUGUGAGGGCUGCUGUGGUGGCUGGGCAGCGGGGGCACCGUGUGUGUGUCGAGCUCUUCGGCGAGGGGAGGGAGGGAGAGGGGCGGCUGCUGGUGCUGGGGAGGGGCCUUGACGCUGCUGAGUGAGUCGGAUGAGAGCUGCUGGACAGGGGAGAAGCCUGUGGGACUGCCCUGGCUGUUGCUCAGCACCACCAGCUGCAGCUCGCGCACCGUCCGUGUCUCGAGCAGCACCAUGAAGAGACGGACGGUCGUCCUGGCAGCAGCAGGUGGUGUGCUCUUGCUGUCGGUCGGACGUGACUCGCCGCUGCAACUGCUGUUGGUGUCGUCCUCAGUGGCUAUCUUGACGUACUUGACCAGCACGUAGAGCACAUCCUCCGCGCCGGUGCCGCCGGUGGUGAUAAUCCGACCGGCCGCCAUGUCGAGGACCUUGACGCGAUACCCACUCAUCACGGGGAUGCCAUGGCAAUCGAUGACGAUGCUGCCUGCAUCAUGCUCCGCCGCCCCUGGCUUGCGCCUCUCCAUCUGCCGCACAGGCUGCUGCCGCACACGCAUCCCCACCGACGGGAUGUCGUCCCCGCUGCCGCCCGUCUUGACGGUCUGGUUGAAGUAGAGCAUCUGUCCGUCGUGUGAGGCGGCGAUGCAGUUGAUCUGGGUGGGGUUGCUCUGGGACGGGUCGGUGCUGGUCGCGGUGUGGGGGAAGGGCAGGUUGAAGUGUCGGGUGGGAGACUUGACCAGCUCGAUCGAUCGAAUCCACUCCUUCUUGACCGACAAGGGCAUCGAAAACGGGUGGCGGGCGCCAGCCGCCAUCAAAUCCAACGGACCAGUGGUGCCCUUGUACACCUGCAAAUCAAAGAGGGGGCAGGAGUCACCCAUAUCCCUCGCAGGGUCGUUGCUCGCGUGUGCACGUACCGCCAGCCCGUUUGAGCAGAAUAUCGUUGCGUUCUUCGACCGCCAGAUGUGGGCAGCAUGCGAGGGCCUUUGUCGAUAUCGGGAAGGCGACCCAUCGGGCAUCUCGUGCAAGGAAUGGGGCACAGACUGACACACGCAACAAAGCACAAUCAGAUGGGCGGAUGGAUGGAUGGAGCUAUACAUGGCUGGCUGCGUGCCAGAGUGUCCUUACGUGGCUCUGGGCCAUCCCCCCACAGCCAACGGCAGUUUCCUCAGUGUCGGUCACGACAGAGAUGUCGGUCCACUUUGGUUCGAGGAACGCCAGGCUGUUGCACUUGUAGCGCGACUCGUGUUCCACAGGGAGGUCGAUGGAGCACCGCUCGCCCCGCGUCGUGAUGUACAGCAUACUCUGCUGUCGGUAGCCGAUCAGAUCGUCCUCAUCAUGUCGGCUGGUGCGACUUGAUCUGCUGCCCGCAUAGGUCUCGUUGAUCAGGGCCAGCACAUCGCCACCAUGCACGGCGCGAAGCCUCGAUACCGUCCCAGGGACCGUUAGGCUGAACGAGUGAGCCUGAAGCAAACAAGAAACACAUGAAAUGAGCGAAAGGUAGAGAACGUAAUCAGUCGUAGAUUGUACCAAGGAGAAACGGUUCCUGACACACGCCGCUUCAAGCAAGCUGCCACUGGCUCUCCACACCCACCCUGAGAACGAACGAAGUGCGGUGCAACGGACACAUACCGAGAUAAGUCUUUCGUGUUCUUCCCCAUCUUUGGUAUUUCCCGUUGCUGACCAUCGCUGGCGGCUACACAGGGCGUGGCUCUCCCGCCCACGGGGAGCGAGGGGUCGCUAUCCGCACGGGGGAUGCUGUAGUCAAGAGCAGCGACUUCCUCGCACUGCACACACAGCUUCUGGACGGGCUUCGACGACGCCAUCAAGCAAGGGGGGUCCUGACAAGCCAAAACACCUUCUCUCCGUUCAACCACCGAAACGAAC